AUGGGAUUUAUAAGAUCCAAGUCAACAAUUGAAAAAGCUUGCGGGAUUGUUACCUAUGAAAUUGAUGACAAGCGUAAGAAUGACUUACCAUUACUUCUUAUUGUGGGUUGGAGGAUACCCAUCAUCGGAAAAAACAAGUGGUUCGUCUUUAUUGGCUGUGAAACAGAUCCAGAUUUUCCAGACGAAAGUUCUAUAAAUAAAUAUUUGAAAGAAAAUGGAAAUAAGGGAUCAAAUACUUUAGAAUUUGAGGAACAUUCAAUGAACAUUGACGGUUCGAUAUCUGAUGGGAAUAAUGCACAACUCGACAUAUGUAUCCGUUCCGAAGGGUUGGGAUUAUUAGAUAGGAUUUUUUCUUGA